GAGGGAGAAACUUCAAGCUUUUCAAAUGUCUCGUCUUCGAAUUUGUUUUUUUAGGAGAGAGGGAGACAACACCGUAUCUUCAAAAGAAAUCAUCAAAAUUUGGUUCAGUUGCUUUUUAAAGUAACUUAGCCAAACUGCACCUUCUUUUCUUUAAUUUUCCCAACACCCAUUAUUAUAUGACUUCUGUUUAUACCAAAUUGAGUACACUUUUCGUUGUAUUUUCACAAAAGUUUCCAAAUAUGCUUUCUUUCUCUACUUGUAUGUGUUUUUCUGGUCAAGAAUCUUGAAGUUCAGCUAAGAUUUGAUUUGCUUAGUUUAAUAUAUUAAAGAUUUUACAGAGGAAACAGUAAAUGUGUGCUUUAAUUUGUCUGGAGUGUAUUGUGAAGAAAUGAUUAAUAUUAGAGACCCCAUUUUUCAAUAAUCUUAUUCAAACCCUUUAUCAACCACACAAAAUUCUUUAAAUUCAAGCCCUUUAUGCAUGUUUUUAGGGCUUCUUCAAACAUACCAUGCUUGUUGUUCCCUUGAUAUGAUCUUGGGAAUUUUCUUUUCUUUACAUUUCCUUUGUGGGGUUCUCUUCUUUUUCUUUCUUCUCUCACUGAAAAUCUACAGAAAAGAAAGGGAGAUUCUUGUACCUCAUAGAGUUUCUUAAGUGGGAUUUUGGUUAUUUCUUGAAUAAAAGAAAACAAAAUCUGUAAACCACUUUUCUUUUUUGAGUAAAGAAAGUGAUUCUGUUUAAAAAAAAGUACUUCUUUGAAGAUAACAUCCAAAUCCCUUUUCGUCACUGAUGAUUCUUGAAAACAUGAAGUGGCAAGAAUGAGGAGAUGAACAACCGAACAAGACGAACAACAGGAAAGCGUGAAGGUACAAGCAAUUGAAGCAAGAGAAAACAGGUUUCUAAUUCUGUUGUUGAAUUUAAGAUGGGUGUAAAAAUGCAAGGCCACCAUCACUUAGUAGCAGUGAGUUUGAAUGAACAGCAAUUGGGCACAAAAAGGAAGUACAAAUCAUACAUCCCAAGAACAAAUCAACGAAAAUACUUAGCGUUAUGGAUCAUUUCUUUUGGAUUUGUCGCGAUUUAUGUUUACAAAUGCAUAGAUGCAGGGCAUCAAGAGAGAAUCGAAGAGGGUUUAGUGAGUAUGUGUGAUCAAAGGGCAAGAAUGUUGCAAGAUCAAUUUAGGGUUAGUGUAAAUCAUGUACAUGCUCUCGCUGUUCUGGUGUCGACUUUUCAUUAUUACAAGAACCCAUCAGUAAUCGAUCAGGAAACAUUUGCAGAAUACACAGCAAGAACAGCAUUCGAGCGACCUUUGUUGAGUGGAGUUGCAUAUGCACAAAGGGUAAUGAAUUACGAGAGAGAAGAACUCGAGAGACAACAUGAUGGGACCAUAAGAACAAUGACCAAAGAGCCCUCGCCGUUUCGUGACGAAUAUGCCCCUGUAAUUUUCGCUCAAGAAACCGUUUCCUAUCUUAAAUUGGUAGAUAUGAUGUCUGGCGAGGAGGACAGAGAGAACAUAUUGAGGGCUAGAGCAACUGGGAAAGCAGUGCUCACAAGCCCUUUCAAACUUCUUGGUUCUAAUCAUCUAGGGGUAGUUUUGACAUUUCCUGUGUACAAAUCAAAGCUUCCACCAAACGCAUCUGUUCAAGAACGCAUCGCAGCUACUGCCGGAUAUCUAGGUGGAGCUUUUGAUGUUGAGUCACUAGUAGAAAAUUUACUAGGGCAACUUGCUGAAAAUCAAGAAAUUGUUGUAAAAGUUUUUGAUGUCACAAAUACAUCAAAUCCAUUGAUCACAUAUGGGCGUCAAACUGAAGAUGGUGACAUGUCACACACACGAGUGAGUAUGCUUGAUUUUGGUGAUCCGUUUAGGAAGCAUCAAAUGACUUGUAGAUAUCUUCAUAAAGCACCGAUAUCAUUAACAGCAUUUGCAACUGCGACUUUAGGUUAUGUGAUUGUGAUAUUAGCUGGCUACAUGUUUUACACGGGAGCCAUUCAUAUUGUUCAGGUUGAAGAUGAUUUUGACACGAUGCAACAAUUAAAAGUUCGAGCAGAAGCUGCUGAUGUUGCUAAAUCACAGUUUCUUGCGACUGUUUCCCAUGAAAUCAGAACCCCCAUGAAUGGCAUCCUUGGGAUGCUUGCAUUGCUUCUAGAUACAGAAUUAAGUUCAACCCAAAGAGAUUACGCUCAAACUGCACAAGCUUGUGGAAGAGCAUUAAUCGCAUUGAUCAAUGAGGUCCUCGAUCGAGCCAAAAUUGAAGCCGGAAAAUUAGACCUAGAAUCCGUCCCCUUUGAUAUCCGCUCCAUUCUCGACGAUGUUCUCUCUUUAUUUUCUGAAAAAUCUCGACACAAAGGAAUCGAGAUGGCAGUUCUUGUUUCCGAUAAAGUCCCACAAAUUGUCAUCGGAGAUCCGGGAAGAUUCCGACAAGUCAUCACGAAUCUCGUCGGAAACUCUGUUAAGUUCACAGAAAAAGGACAUAUAUUCGUUCAAGUUCAUCACGCCGAUCAUUCCAAAGCUGUAGUAAUGGACAUGGCUAAAUCGAACGGGUGUGGGUCCCAUUUCAAAACUUUAAGCGGCUGUGAAGCCGCCGAUGAUCGAAACAAUUGGGACACUGUUAAACAAUUAGCAGCCCCAAUUGAAAACGUUGUUAACCUAAUUGUCUCCGUUGAAGACACCGGAAUUGGGAUUCCGGCGCACGCACAAGAUCUCGUUUUUAUGCCGUUCAUGCAAGCCGACAGUUCCACUUCUAGACUCUACGGCGGAACCGGAAUCGGAUUGAGUAUCAGUAAAUGUUUGGUUGAAUUAAUGGGUGGUCAGAUAAGCUUCGUUAGCCGACCACAAAUCGGAAGCACGUUUUCUUUCACUGUCGCUUUAAAAACCUGCAAAAAUGGCGAUGUGAAAAAAUCCCUUUACAAUGACGAUCUUCCGAAUUCCUUUCAAGGAUUGAAAGUAACCUUGGUCGAUUCAAAACCAAUCAGAGCUGCAGUGACACGAUACCAUUUACAGAGACUCGGUAUAAUCGUUAAAAUUAUUGAUACCAUAAAAACGGCGGAGGAUUUGGGAGAUUCAAAACCGGAUCUACUUCUAAUCGAGAAAGACACAUGGUUAUUAAACGAAAGCAUGAUCAAAAUUCAAAAUUUCCCUAAAAAGAUGGUUCUAGCAACAAAUAUAACGACUCCCGAAUUCGAUAAAUUAAAAUCCGCCGGGUUUUCCGAUACUGUGAUUAGGAAGCCGUUAAGAGCGAGCAUGGUGGCAGCUUGUUUGCAGCAGGUUUUGGGAACAGGGCAGAAGGCCGAAACCAGGGCAAAAGGGUCUUUUUAUCUUCGAGGGUUACUUUGUGGGAAGAAAAUUUUGGUGGUUGAUGAUAACAGAGUAAACCGGAGAGUUGCCGCCGGUGCCCUAAAAAAAUUUGGGGCUGCGGUUGAGUGUGCCGAAAGCGGUGUUGCCGCCCUUGCUCUACUUCAGCUACCACAUGCUUUUGAUGCUUGCUUCAUGGAUAUUCAAAUGCCCGAAAUGGACGGUUUUGAGGUGACGCGGCGUAUACGGAUGAUGGAAAGGGAGGCGAAUGAGGUAGUAGGGAGUAUUGAAUGGCAUUUGCCGAUACUGGCGAUGACAGCGGAUGUGAUUCAUGCGACGUUUGAAGAGUGUAAGAGAAGUGGAAUGGAUGGGUACGUAUCGAAGCCUUUUGAGGAAGAAAAUCUUUACCAGGCUGUGGCAAAGUUUUUUGAAUCCAAAACCGGCGAACACACACAAAAUGGCUAACUGUCAACUGUCAACCGUAAACAUCAACCGUAAACAGAUGAGAUUCUAGGUUGCCUCUUAACAGGAAUUUUGGAUAUUGAUUGGGCCGAGUGUAAAUGACUUUGGGUUGGGUUUAACUCAACUAACGGCACUCUACUCUACGGGCUGAAACGGAAUCAAUCUAAAUCUAAACACAUGUACAGAGCUUUUUAGUUUGUGUAGGGAGGGGUGGAUCAGGGACGAAUGAUGAUGUAUUGUAUGGUUUCAACAAUACGAUGUCGUUUGGCAGAUAUUUUUGUAUGGAAAUGUCUGUUUCCAUUGUAGGCCACGUGGGGCCACCAGACAAUAAUCCAUUUCCACUUGGGUAUAUUAUUAUUUCAGUA